AUGCCCAGCCGCAAAGGCAGCGCCGCACGGCAGCAGGUGUUUCCAGGCCUGGCCGCCAAGCGGAACGCGGCAGCACCGGCGCAGACGCCGCGCCCGCCGUCCCCCACCACCAGACGUGCGCCUCCCCGAGCUCCUAUCCAGCAGACGCCCCCUCCCCUUCUUGGAUUUUUAACUUUAUCUUUCAUCUGCGCCUCCGUCGCGGCGCCUCGCGCCCCUCCGCCGGCAGCGUCGGACAAAGUUGCCAGUGAUGACAUUGCACUCAAUUUCCGCAAAGUGGCACAGCCGGGCGCGGGCGCGGGCGCGGGCCCCGCUCUAGCGGCUAGGAUUUUUUCGCCCUUUUUCGCUGCCGCCCCCGCCACCCCCACCAGGCCGCCGCCUCCUCUCUCCACUGUGCGGCAAGCGGCAGAACAGAGCGUUCCGUGUCAGCCGGGCUGCGGCGCAACAGGUGGCUCGUAA